UUGUUGCAGGAUUGUCAGUUCACUAAAAUCAAGGAUGACACUGCCCUCCGUGUUACUUUCCAAGGAAACCUCUAUUUGGGAGGGUGUAGUCACUGCUGCAAGAGAUGGUUCAUCACUUUCAAUGGAGCUGAGUGCAGUGGUCCCCUGCCUAUUGACGCAGUGCAAUUUAUCAGACAUAGUUCACAAAACAACCACAGACCCGGGUCCAUUGAGGGCUACUGUAACAACAUACACAAGGGCAAAAUCCGAGUUGGAAUCAACAUCGGAAAUUGUUCAGGAUAUGGAAACUCUGAUGGUUACACAGGCUGGAAUUCAGUGUCUCGUUUGAUCAUUGAAGAAGUUCCUCGGUCCCAGUGA